UGGAUUACUAAAACGCCUGCUUUCCUACAUCUUAAGGUGAAAGAUUUGACCUCAUUCCACUCUUCUGCUCUGCUAUCCCCAAAGACUCUAUCUGAGUAUCAUCACAAUUUUGAUGCACUUGUGGUGAAUCAGGAUAUCGUUUUGCUUUCCAAAGGUCACCAGCAAAAAAAGCUGCAUAAUGGCGUGCCACGAGAACCAGUCAUUCAUUUCUCACUCAAAGUGUUACUCGUCUACGCUGCUAAGAAAGGUCAAACUGAGGGUAUCCUGGAGGUGAGACUCUCCGAUUGCCAGACCACUUAUCAACAAAUCGUAACAACCGAAUACAAGGAGGCUGUAACUCUAAUAGAUAACACGGCUUUGGAGGCCAUCUUGAAUAGGACGAAUAAAGAAAAUAGGGUAGAUGAUGUUGCUGAGUUAAACAGCCCCCAUCAGCAUCACAACGAUGAUCAAUUUUACUACGCAAACCAUUUGGAGACCAAUUCGGAAUACCUUUUAACUCGAAAAGCGUCAACACGCCGAAUAUCUGAACCCACUCCCCGAAUGUUUGGGAUUGAAUCCGGUCAAAUAAGCAUUCAUAACUCACAAAGAGUCGCCACUUUAGCUGGAGCAGCUGCAGCUGUCGCACCAGCUUUAACCGGUGCAAAAGAGCCCAAACUAAGUGAAAUGUUGCCGCCAGAGGAGCGAAAUCUACAGAUGCAUCUGUCCUUUUUGCUUGUCGCCCUAGUAACAGGUGUCUUCUACCUGCUGCUCCUCACAGCCUAUGCAUUAAUACGCUCAUGUCGGACAUCCUCAUCCAUUAUAGGAAAAAAUGGCCCCCCAGCUACUGCUCUAGUAAGUGAAAAUGGUAUCUAUUUGUCUACCCGGACUGCAUACAACAAUGUGAGAGGUGCAGAUCAUAUGAAUGAGCAACAAAGUUACUAUCAGCCAAUGAGGCCUAGGAAUAUAAUUCAACCGGGCACGACACAACAGCACCUCCUUCAGUUGUCAGCAUCCCAAAAAGCCUUAGUUCUUGCCUACCUCUGUUUUCGAGUCUUCUAUAUCUUCCUAUUUACAUUAAGCGUUGGUGUUACUUUACUACUCAGUCUGGAGUCGGAGGCGGCCAAGGUUCGUUUAAUGGUUUUCAAUAAAAUAUUUUAA